AUGACUCUUUUCGAGGCCACUCAUUUCAUAUGAUUGUUCAUCCCACCAAACAUAAAGUAUAUUUAAUUGAUGGACAUAAACUAAUAGGUAAACGCAAAAAUGUUCAUCCUUCUUCCUCUCCUUCUCCCCCUACUUAUAUAUCUAAUCUACCGGCUCACCACACCCAUUACCCCACCAAACUUCCCACCAGGUCCUGCAAACUACCCUCUGGCUGGUGGUGCAUAUAUCUUCUCCCGUUUGAACUCCAAUUUUACGCGUGCAUUAAUAGAACUAGGUCACAAAUAUGGCCCCAUUACAGGAAUACACCUGGGUCAAAUGCGUUCGAUUGUGGUCACAGGUUAUGACGCGGUGAAGGAGGUUUUGUCCCGGGACGAAUUUCAAGGACGACCCGAGAUUUUUCUGAAUAAAUUGACUUAUGGCGAAGGGAGAAAGCUGGGGCUAAUAUUUGGUGAGGGGGAGAGCUGGAAAAAUCAACGUCGCUUCACACUGCGACACCUUCGUGGCUUUGGGUUUGGAAAAAGUUCGAUGGAAACUGUGAUUCAUGAGGAGAUAUCUGAACUUAUUAUGCGAUUAAAAUCUGGCCCCAAUCCUGUACGUUUGGACAAUGCUUUCGGACCUCCAGUUAUCAAUGUGCUGUGGGUUAUUUUAUCGGGAAAGAGAUCGCCCCACGAUGACCCAGAUUUCCUGCGUCUUCUGCACCUUCUGUACGAAGUCUUUCGGAGUGGGAAUGCGGAUGGGGGUGCGUUGCAAGAUUGGCCUUUUCUAAGGUUUUUCCCACCUUGGUCAAAGCAGUUUAAGAAGAUGAAGGAUGGAAGGGAUGCAUUGAUGGGAAUGUUAGCGGGAGAAGUACGUGCCCACUCGACUGCAUUAAAUGAUAACGAGGACGACCAACCAAGAGACUUUAUAGAUUUAUACCUUAAAGAGAUUAAUGCAAUCAAGUUGGCAGGCAAUUUGGACAGCGAUUUCACUGAAGAGCAACUCCUCGUCAUCUUGCACGACCUUUUCGCAGCGGGUGCAGAAUCUACGACAAAUACAAUCGCUUUUUCCCUCUUAUACAUGAUUAUAUACCCCGAAGUCCAAUGUAAGGUUCAAGCAGAGUUGGAUAAAGUCGUCGGGAAAGCAAGACUCCCAGUGUACGAAGAUCGCAUCCACUUGCCAUAUUGUGAAGCAGUGCUAUGCGAAUUGAUGCGGAUUUCAAGCAUUGCUCCAAUAACUGUACCACAUUCUACGUUGCAGGAUGUAGAGAUUAGGGGAUGGACGGUGCCCAAGGACACAUUCUGUCUCAUUUCACUCGCCUCAGUCCACAUGGACAAGGAUUACUGGAGAGAUCCUGAAGUUUUUCGACCGGAGAGAUUCCUUGGAGAUGAUGGGAAAGUUAUCAAGACAGAGAGACUGAUGGGUUUUGGACAUGGCAAACGUGUUUGUCUUGGGGAACUUCUCGCGAGAAUGAGCUCAUUCGACUUUUUCACGGUAAUCCUUCAAAACUUUAGGUUGGAAUUGGACUCCGGUAGAGAAAAGCCUGAUUUGACACCGGUCGAAGGGUUCACAGUGGCACCGAAAGAAUUUUGGGCAAGGGUGACAGGACGAUAAUAAAGCAAAUAUACUAAUAAAUAAAUAAAAGCUUUUGAAACCUAAAUAAAAA